CUGUGAUUUUGAAGUACAAAAGCUUUAUACCGAUUCUGAACUUUGAAGCCUGUAUCAAAUACUGAAUGUGACAGUCCUAACAAGCAUUUCCUGCUAUUGGCCAGCUCUAAUGGAAAUGAUCACCUUUAAGCUAAAGGGCGGCUUCCAACAGGCAGAACCGGAUUCCCCAAGUGUGAAGUAAGCAAUUUGCUCUUCUAAUUCCACAGCCCAGAGGAGAGCCAGGCUUCCACUCCCUCUAUCUUGUGAGGUAGAAACUAGACAGACUUUCAAUUAAAACCACUAGAGGAGAAAGCAUACCGAAAUUGGAAUGUAAACGGCAGCCUCUUUAUUUAAACAACUUACUCAAACCAGUCAAGUUUACUCUUAAAGGCAGCAGUCCGGAACUGCGAGGAGAAAAACAACAGCAGGACAAGAUUUCAAGCAUCCUUACUUCUGCCUCCAAGGAAUCCAUCACGUGUCCAUGCUAUUUCGAUUUCAAGUCUCUGAUGGACUGUGUGCCCUGAGGAUGUCUAAGAUUGAGUCAUGUGAAAAAAGAGGUGAUAGUGACCCUGCAUUAGAAAAGGAACAAACCACUGAAUUCAUUCUGGCUUCUUAGAAAGAGCAAAAUGAAAGACCGCCUACAAGAGCUGAAGCAGCGCUCAAAGGAAUUUGAACUCUCAAGGGUGAAUAGUUGCAUAGCUUCUGUGGGGGCAGAAGAACAAGGGGAGUUUCCACAACAAGCUGUCAUUUAUGAACGAGAGCCUGUAGUUGAAAGGCAUCUACAUGAAGUCCAAAGACUUCAGGAGAAUAUUAAUACUUUGGCAGAGGAUGUUCAAAAAUUUGGUCAGGAGCAGAAGAGCUUGGUGGCUUCAAUGAGGAGAUUCAGUGUUCUCAAGAAAGAGUCCAGCAUUGCCAGAGAGAUAAAAACAGAAGCAGAACAUAUUAAUAAGGGCUUGGAUGAUUUUUUGAAAGAAGUUAAGAAGUCAGAAGUGGAAAGCGGGCCAUCAUCAGCCAUGACAAGGAUUCUUAGGUCUCAACAUGCUGCCAUGUUCCGACAAUUCCAACAUAUAAUGUUUAUGUACAACAACACCAUAGCAACAAAGCAAGAAAAAUGUAAGACAUUUAUUUUCCGUCAGCUUGAAGUUGCCGGAAAAGAAGUAACUGAAGAAGAGGUGAAUGAUAUGCUGCAACAAGGGAAAUGGGAGGUUUUCAAUGAAAGCUUGUUCACAGAAGUUAAUAUCACUAAAGCUCAACUAUCUGAGAUUGAACAGAGGCACAAAGAACUUAUUAAUCUGGAGAACCAGCUAAAAGACUUAAGAGAUAUUUUUAUUCAGAUCUCUCUUCUGGUGGAGGAGCAAGGAGAAAGCAUCAACAAUAUUGAAAUGAUGGUAAACAGUACCCAAGAGUACGUUUACAAGACAGAAGAGAAAUUCAGACUAGCUGUGAGAUACAAAAAGAGAAAUCCCUGUCGGGUGCUGUGUUGCUGGUGCUGCUCAUGCUGCAACUAAUGAGCAUCCGACAUCGUAUGAUCUUAAGUCUACCCUGCAAAGAUGGAAGAGCAGAAAUUCAAACUCCCCAGGCAUUCAAUAUGGAACCCUCUCACCCAAUUUUUAUCUUGGAUUUCAAUAAGUGCUUAGUACAGUGCUCUGCACACAGUAAGCGCUCAAUAAAUACAAUUGAAAAAUUAACCACGACCAUCCCGGACACCAUUAUCAAAAGAGUGGUCCUGGAAAGCUAUGUUAAAGCACUUUACUUCCAAAUAGGUACAGACAAGCAUUUACAUUAUGAUUAUUAUCAUCUGUUUCUGAAGGAAAAUAAACAAGUCAUGGAAGUCU